AUGCAAAGUGUGAUAGGCGUGUUUGCGGUUGUGCUGGUGCUCGUUGGAGUGUGUGAUUGGGGGCGGUCCCUGGUGGUCGCCGCUGCUGCCUGUGGGAAGUACGGGUUAUUCCAAGAUGCGUGUUUUGUGCAUGAUGAAAGUGUGACACUGGAUUACUCCGACGGGUUGCUGGAUCAGCAGUACGCUGCGUUGGUCAAUAGGACUGAUCUGGAGGCAUGGUUCGAGCAGGAGGUGCAGUGGGCCAAGGAGCGGAUCCAGGCAAACAUUAUAGUGCAGGCAGGUGUCUCUGUCGUGGUGGCAUCCCCCUCGAAGGUGGCCCCGGACUAUUACUACCAGUGGGUCAGAGACUCGGCAAUGACGAUGCUCACUUUCAAUGACUGGAGGGAUGAACUGGGUGACACCGCGAUGGGUGUGCUGGAAGGGUACUUACGCAACGUUUACCUGUUGCAAAGAGUCGAUAACUUGUCUGGGGAUUUCGCAGAUAAUGGCGCUAACUUGGGGGAACCCAAAUUCUUGGUGGAUAAUUCGCCCUUCAACGAGCCUUGGGGGAGACCUCAGAACGAUGGACCGCCACUUAGACUGAUCUCCUCUUUAAAGAUCCUCAAUGAUACAGAGUACGGGGGGGCACUCCAACAGGCGUUCGAUACUAUUUGUCUACCAGACUUGAACUUCGUUCUUGACCAUUGGCAAGAUGAACAUUUCGACCUGUGGGAGGAAGUCAGGGGUCAACAUUUCUUCACCUCCAUGGUGCAGUUGUACUCCAUCGACAAGACAAUACGGUUCUUGCAAGAAACGGAACUUCAGACGGCAGAUGCGCUCAAACUGCAACUGCAGACGGUAAGGAACAACCUGCAACAGUUUGUCGGCGCACAGUUCGCAUCCAUACGCGAGGGGAUCGUGGUAGAGACCCCCUCUAACUUGGGAGACAGACCUUCAGGGCUGGACAUCGCAGUCGUUCUCGCUUCCCUGCUAGUGCAUCCCAUAGAUGAAAGUACUGACGGAUUGCCCUUUGAUAUAGACGCAAGAGAGUUGCUCGAGACCUUCCAUCGGUUGGUCCAGGAAAUGCGCGACCUUUACCCAAUCAACGCAGGACUCCACGAUCUUUCAGGGGUAGCGCUCGGAAGGUACCCUGAGGACGUGUACGAUGGGGUCGGGAUCUCGGAGGCUAACCCUUGGUUCCUUUGUACUGCAGUGGGGGCAAACCUCAUGUACAGGCUCGUUACCUUAUACGAUGACAAAAAAUCAGACUUGGUCAUCCCACUGAACAACUCAGGGAUUUGGCAAAGGUUCGUGGCGUUGGACACAGAAAUACGUGUGAGUCACAAGGAGGUGGUCAUUCCGUACCACUCGCAAGCAUUCAACAAGACACUUGGAAACAUAUUUAACUUUGGGGACUCCUUCCUCAGCGUCAUCCAAAGCCACGUGAGCGAUGACGGCGAGAUGAGCGAACAGUUCAACAAAUAUACAGGAUACUUGACGGGGGCGUCGCACUUGACUUGGUCCUACUGCGAAUUCCUAAAUGCAAUAAAGGCAAGAGAUGCAGCCAAAUCUAUUUUAUAA